AUGACCAACCUAAAGAGCAGCAUUCACAACUCCCCACUCCCCUCUCUCGAAGAUGAAAGAUACAACGAGAUCGAAGGUGUCAACUACACCGCAGGCUAUGUAAAGCAGCUCAGCUCAGAUGAUGAACUCCUCGCCGGAGCCUGGGGCAUGAAGGACACCACAGAGAUAUGGGACCUGUGCUACCGAAGCGGCCCACGGAUGACGAAAAUCCUCGAGGACUUUGUCGGUUGCAUGAAGCCUUCAAAGAGGGCCCAGGAUGACGCAAGGGACAUUCUGACUAUUGACAUGCAGCUAUUUGGUUGGUCCCAAGACAUGUCUUAUAUAUCAAUUUUUGAUGACACCGAACCUCCCAAAGUGGACUGGGAUAAGGUCACGAUGAGCAAUGUUAUCGGGAUCACUGCGAUCUGGACUUUACAUGAAAUGGCCAGGAUCAAACCAGCAAUGUUCCGUCACACCUACCAAUACAUCCCUGGAGAGAGAAAUCCUUUCAAAUUGGAUCCCUAUGAUCUUCUCCAUGGGAUUAUGCUUUUGCGCUGGGUGCUUCGCACCUGGAACUUUGAUCGCGACCAACAGCCAGAUAGGCCUCGGCCAUUGAGGGCUAAGGAGAGACGCUUUUGGAGACCGAAAGCGCGGGAUAUAUCGUUCGCACCAUUGCCGGAGCCAGAGGAUAGUGAAAUGAUGGAUGUUGAUUGA